GCCUGGUGCAUCCUCCUCAUCCUCACAACUCACAAACGACAACUAGGGCCGGACCCUUUCUCAUUCAUUCCACUCAACUUAUUACGAUCUACGAUAAAUCAUGCGUUCCUCAACCAGCUUUGCUUUGAUUGCUCUCGCCCUCGGCGCCACAGCUAUGGCCCUUCCCAUGGAUUCAUACACCGACCUUGCUGAGCGUGACGAGUCUUUCGAUCUCGAGACCCGCAUGUUUGAGACCGAAGACCUUGACGCGCGUGACUUCGACUGGGAAGAUGAGCUCGUUGCUCGCCAAGAGAGCACGACCCCAACGGAAACGACCCCCACCCCAGAGAGUCCCGGCGCUGGUGCUCCUGGAGCUUCUCUCGCCACCGGCGGCCGCAAGCACCGUCAUCACAAAGGGAAGGGCUUCCGCCAUGGUCAUGGAGGACACCGCAACCGCAAGGGGGGAAGGAGGCACCGCAAGCACGGCAAGGGCCGCCACGGCCGCAAGGGUGCCAAGAAAGCAGCUCUGAUUCCCCAAGAGAACCCUGCUCCUCCCACCACCGUCUCAACUGAGGCCUCUCCUGCUCUGGCCGCCCGAGAGCCCGAGCCUUUCUCUCUCUUCGGACUCGGAAAGAAGAAGCACGCCACCAAAGUCGAGGAGACCACGCCCUCCAACUUGAAGGCCAAUUCCACAAGUGACCCGGAACCCGCUACCCCAUCCGCGUCGGCGUCAGGUACCCCCAAGAAGAAGCACCGCAAGCAUAGGAAGCACAGGAAGAACGGGAAGCACGGAAAGAAUGCGCGCAAGCACCGCAAACACAAACUCCUCAGACUCCACAAGCACAAGUUGGAUGAGUCAACUGCCGCCAAUGCUACCACUUCCGCUGUGUAAUUGAUUAAUCCCUUGUGUUGUAGUAAUCGUGUCUGAAUGAUGAUUGCUUUGUGAUGAGUUUUGGAA